UAAGUUUCAAUCGAACAAACCGCAAAUUGUGGCUUUAUAAGCUAGCGAUGUCAAUCCCAAAAAUAUUCACGAAUAACCUUAGCUCCAUCUUGCUGUGGUGGAUACUAUUUCUUGUGUCUGUAAUGCAGUUUCCCGUGGAAAUUAGAGCCAGAAGUCUGACGGACGUCACAGAUGGAACCGAUGAGGAGCAAUCUUCUGCUGAUUACCUAAAGAGUUAUGCCGAGCACAUGAAAUCCUAUAUGAACCUUAGUGUGGAGCCAUGCGACAAUUUCUAUGAGUACGCGUGCGGCAACUAUCCGCUUGCCAAGGCAGAUCACUUCUCCUUAAAUCGGCGGAACAACAUCAUGGACCAGACGUUCACACUGAACGAUAUCACGGUGCAGCUACUGGGUCGGACACAACUGGCGGAGACCCUCAAUGUGUCCAGGGAAUUGGACGUAGCCCAACGUUUCUAUAAUGCCUGUCUGGGAGCAGAACUCGUGCGGUUUUCGGCGGCGGAUCCCGCAUACCUGAACCUCAUUAGAUCGUCAGGGGGAUUUCCCGCAGUCGACGGUGCCUCCUGGAAUGCAUACGAAUUUAGCUGGGUCAACAUGAGCGCCCACCUGACCAAUUACGGGGCCCAAGGACUAAUCCACGAGGAGCUUGUUGCAGCUUAUCCCUUUGAGCCUUUCUUUAGGCCGCCAAAGUUAGGAUUCGAUUACAUCGUCGACACCAUCAACCUUGCCGGCAACGACUCUCGCGCCUUCCGGCUCAAUGAUGAGCGGAUGCGCGGCUACCUCAAAGCCUACAAUGUAUCCCAGGAGAGGAUUACAGAAGUGAUCGACGGUGUGUUUGCCUUCUGGCGGGAUGCACUCGAUGUGACCGAAGAGUACAAUGACCUCUGCGAGUCCUUUGAGUCAACUGAGGAUGAUGAAGCCGAGUUCCCUCAGUUAGGGAACUACUAUGCGAUCGCCUGGAACGGUGUGAACAUCACCAAGCACAAUGAAUGCGAAACUUUCUUCUUAGCGCUGGACAAGGUUUGCACCCGACACCCAGAGGCCGUGGCCAACUAUCUGGCCAUGAAGUUGCUCUACGAAUUCGAUGCCAAGCUGACGGAGGCUAAGUACCAACAGGAUUACUGCGUAGGACUAAUUCGGGAAUCCAUGCCGUUCCUCAUAGACAAACUAUACAUGGCGGAGCAUUUCAGCGAGGAGACGCGUUUGGAGGUGUUGGCAAUGGUGAUGGAGUUGCGAAAGAGUCUAAGAAAGUCACUGGAAGAGGCUGAGUGGCUAGACGAUGAGUCCCGAGUUGAGGCGCUCCUUAAAGAAUCCACCAUAAAGUCGAGCGUUGGAUCCCUCAAGAACGAAGCUUUAAUCGAUCGAUUGGUUCGAGAGAUUUCCAGCCUGAAAAUCGUCGAGGACAGCUUUGCCACAACUAAGAUCAACCUGGCGAGAUACAGAAUCAACACCGACCGUUUCAGUAGCCUUCACUUCGAGGAAAUGACCAACGAUACCCUGCCACAGACAACUUAUCUGGGUAUGCAAGUCCAAGCUUCAUACUAUAUCAUUGAUCACUCUAUUAACGUAAUGGCCGGCAUCCUGCAACCACCUAUCUAUCACCGAGCGUGGCCAGAUUCUCUGAAAUUCGGUACCCUGGGUUUCAUUGUGGGCCACGAACUCACUCAUGGCUUCGACUCGACAAGCUCCAUGUUUGAUAGCAAGGGAAAUGUGAAUCCUUGGUGGACGAAGAACACGCAACGCGGCUUCGACAUCCGAACCCAUUGUUUUAUCAAGCAAUACAGCAACUAUACUAUACCAGAGAUUGGUGUCAAUGUCAAUGGCAUUAAGACCAAGGAUGAAAACAUCGCCGACAAUGGAGGAUUACGGCAAGCAUUUGUUGCCUAUCAGAGCCACAUGAAGCAACAAUUGGAGGAUCCGGAGCAAAAGAAGACCAUUGAGCAGAUGCCAGGCAUAGAUCUCAAUCCGGAUCAACUCUUCUUCCUAGGCUUUGCACAACUCUUCUGCUCCGAGUUCAAGGAGGAGCACUACUACAAACAUAUGACCAAUGUUCACGCCAUCGACAAGUAUCGUGUCCUGGGAUCGAUAUCCAAUAGCGAUGACUUUGUCCAGGCCUAUAACUGUCCCCUUGGAAGUGGAAUGAGGCCUGAAAAUAAAACCUGUCGUCUAUGGUAGGUUAAAGCAAC